GGGGGGGGGGCAGGUGUUUAGAACACUGAUUCUGGGAUGGGUGAGACUAGGCCUACUACACAUUCAUGUACUGUUCAGUGCAUAUGUAGUUCCAGAGAUUUGGGGGGUUUCUACAGAUAAACAUCUAUUAUAUUGUAUGUGGUAGAAAAAGUGUGGAUGUACAAUUCAACAAACAAGUGUAACGAUGGUGUUGUGGUUAUUUAGUCCCUCCGUGGUGGGCAAGAUUGAAAAAAUAAGAACAGCUAAGUCAUCAAACGUUAUUAUGUUGGUGUAGGAUAGGCGCAUAAUAUGACAAUUUAAUUCAAAGUUAAUGUCAAUGACUAAUUUAAAAAACAUUCUAAAAAAAACUAAACUGUGGAAAAUUGUCGUUUUUCAACUCGAUUCUUUAAUGAGACGUCCCUAGUAAUUCGGCGUUUCCAGAAUUCGGUUUCUGCUGUGGUAAUGACGAUGACAACAUAAUUAACAUCAGAAAAUGUUAACAGCUGGUCAAAACCCAUGAACAUGCGUGUUCGGCAAAGAAUUAGCCUCCUCCCCACUCCAACGGUGUAACUUUAAACUCAACCCAAUUCCAAAUCCAGUAAACCUGUUGAGCGUCAUAAGGGUGUUGGCGCUGUCUUCUGAACAUUACUUUACGCUACGCUACCUCUGUUGUAUCUUGCUGCCAGAUUUCCUGAUAUUUUUCCUUCCACACUUCCAUUUGGGUAUAACGCGUAUCCAAGGUCAAACAGCUCCAAGAUGGCCAUGAUCUCAGCUUGGGUUUUGAUGGCAGUUGUAUCCCUGGUUUUCGCUGAGGAGCAGAAACCUGAAGAGGACCCAUUUACCUUUGAUUACCACAGGCUUCGUGUCGGUGGUCUGAUCCUGGCAGCAGUCCUCUGCCUGAUAGGCAUCACUAUUCUCUUCAGUGGACACUGCCGAUGCAAGUUUAACCAGGACAAGAGAAGGAGGACUGGAAGCAACGCCCAGCAGAUGCUAAAUGACCAAGCUUGCUGUGUUUUCUCACUUUGAGCCCAGUUGGCUCAAUUUAUGUGGAGCGGAGUGUCUGUUAGCUGACGAGUCACAGCCGUGCUUGCUCAUCAGCUAAGUCGGGAAACGUUCCAAGAUGCUGCACACGACCUGGCCAUGAGGGGGCCUGGGCCACUGGUGUGUGUGUGUGUGUGUGUUCCCCAAGAUCAGAAACAUCCCCGCCCAAUGUCCUUCUCUGUGCUCAGUGUAUUUGUAAAGCUAAAUACUAUUUGGAAUUAGUGUUGGUAUUUCCACGCUGGUCUGACCAACGUUCUAUUUCUGUGUCUCUUUCACUAGCUCGGGCCAGUGAGUGUUAGGAACCUAACCUAAAGCUGUCAACCGACUUCCUGCCUCUGCAACAACCAAUAAACAAUCUAAAUGUGUGAAGGUGAAUUGUUUUAUUUUAUUUUUUGGUCCAAUCUAAACCUGUUAAUUUAGAGAGUGGAAGGUUUCACCACCCUAUUGCUUUAGUUGGACAUUUGGACACUUACCACCUGAACCAGCCUAGUAUGCACACAAACACAUGCACACACUACAUAGAACACACAAAGUAGGAUUCUUUUUUAUUAUAUUCUUUUGUAUUUAAAACUAAGAAAGACAACUUAAAUAUUAAUAUUUCUGAGCUACUUGUUUCCACUUAUUGGACGUAAAAUAUAGGAGAUAGACUGCUGUGUGUUUAAGUGGUGUUAUACAUGUUACUGUUGAAAUUAUUCCUAUAAACUACUAGACUGCAGUAUCAUAAAUCUCACCAUGUUAAUUGAUGUUCAUUAGGUUUUGUAGAAUGUUGAUAAUUACAGUCAUGUAUGGUUAAAGCGAUUGUUAAAUAAAGUCAGUGUUUCUAUA